UGGCCACACUCCGAUUUUUCUUCCAAGCGUGGCGGCCAUAGUAAGCUGUUAAAAAGUACUUGUAAAUUUAAAUUAUUGUAUAAAGAGUUGCUCUCGAGGAACGUAGUUUCAAAUAUCCGUUAUUGCUUUAGGAACACGACACAAGGAAAAGUAAACAGCUUACAAGAUGGUCAAGGAAACCGGCUACUACGAUCUGCUAGGCGUAAAGCCGAAUGCCACGCCUGAUGAGCUGAAGAAAGCCUACCGAAAGCUGGCCCUGAAGUACCAUCCUGACAAGAACCCGAAUGAGGGUGAGAAGUUUAAAGCCAUCUCGCAGGCGUAUGAGGUGCUGUCCGAUGCGGACAAGCGUCAGGUGUACGACGACGGCGGCGAGGCGGCCAUUAAGAAGGGCGGUGCCGAUUCCGGAGACUUCCGGAAUCCCAUGGACUUCUUUGAAAAGUUCUUUGGCGCCGGUUUCGGCGGCGGCGGCGGCGGUGGCCGGCGACGAGAGAGGCGCGGCAAGGAUGUGGUGCACCAGAUGUCCGUGCAGCUGGACGAGCUGUACAACGGCGCCACUCGGAAACUUCAGCUCCAAAAGAAUGUCAUCUGCGACAAGUGCGAGGGACGUGGCGGCAAGAAGGGAAGCAUCGAGAAGUGUUUGCAGUGCAGAGGCAACGGUGUGGAGACCCGUGUCCAGCAGAUUGCCCCCGGCAUCAUGCAGCACAUCGAGCAGGUAUGCCGCAAGUGUUCGGGAACUGGCGAGACCAUCCAGGAGAAGGAUCGCUGCAAGAACUGCAACGGUAGGAAAACUGUGCGGGAACGAAAGGUACUCGAGGUCCACAUCGAGAAGGGAAUGCGGGAUGGACAGAAGAUCGUGUUCACGGGCGAAGGCGAUCACGAACCGGAAUCUCAGCCGGGUGAUAUUAUUAUUUUGCUGGACGAGAAAGAGCACUCGACAUUCGCGCAUGCCGGCCAGGAUCUGAUGAUGAAGAUGCCAUUGCAGUUGGUUGAGGCUCUGUGCGGAUUCCAGCGCAUCGUCAAAACGCUGGACGAUCGCGAUCUUAUCGUUUCCACCCAGCCCGGAGAGGUUAUUCGGCACGAGAUGACUAAGUGUAUUGCCGAGGAGGGUAUGCCAAUCUACAAGAAUCCCAUGGAAAAGGGAACACUGAUCAUUCAGUUCGAAGUGAUCUUCCCGGAGGUUAUGAAUCCGUCUGUGGUGCCCACGCUCAAACAGUGCCUGCCGCCGGCGCCGGAGGUUGACAUUCCAAUUGAUGCAGAGCAGACGGUUUUGGAAGACUUUGAUCCCAAGCAACGCCGUCAGCAACACCAGCGCAUGGCAUACGAUGAGGACGAUGUUGGCUAUCAAGAUGGUCCCCGUGUCCAGCAAUGCACAUCGAGUUAAGCGCCCCCGCUGCGUGUUUGCACUCCGGACAAUUCACAUCCCUUAUAAUACACAUCCCCAAACAACCAGCAGUAAAAAUAUGUAAACCAGCUCCCGGAACACUGUAACUGCGCUUGAAAUGGCCUAAGAACUCCUCUAAAGCACCCCAAGCAAACACACUAGGAGACACAACCAAUCAAGAUCUAACGUUAUUUCAUGCAAGCUACGAUAUUUAGGUAUAAAUCAAUGAACUUAUCAGAUAUAUGCACUAUGUCUAUAACGCGUGGUUGUUCGAAAACCAAUGAGAACAUUUUCAUUUCGUUUAUGUUGAGUUGAAUUGAAGAAUCAAAAAACGGAAACUGAAACUGAAAGUAAACUAAACUGAAACGCAAAAUCAGCCGCCACUAGAACCGUAUGUAAAGUCCGCGCCAGCGAACGCGUCUAGAAACAAGUUUAAGUUAUUUAAUUCCAGCAUAAAUAAAAGCGUUAGUUUAAACGGAUAUAACAAAUAAAUAAUUAAUACACAA